AUGAAAUUCGUUUUAGUUGUUUAUCUUUUUUGUGUUAUUUUUGUGAACUGCUCAAUUACUCAAAGUACAUAUAUCUUAUAUUAAGUGUUGAGUCCAAAAUCAUCAAAAAGGUUAUAGAUGGUGAAGAUAGAUGGUUUGAAGGUAUUUAAGAAAUAUCAAAAAAUUAGAAAUAUCUUAAGAAUAUGAGGAUUUCAUUUAUGAAUAUGAUGCAUAUCCUGAUGAGUUAAGUUUAGGCCAUUAGAUGGAUUUAGGAAGAAUGAUUGAUAAUUAUGAUAUCCCAGAAGACUGUUUUGAGGAAGUGAUUAGUGUAUAUGAAUAUUAUGAUACUGAUGAACCAGAAUAGAAUGUUGAAAAGAAUAAUCCAAACAACUUUUAAGUCCAUGAUUUGGGAGAGGAAGAAUUUGUUAAAUUAGAAUAGGUAGCCGAUGAAAACGGAGAUGUGCAAAGUAUCAUAGUUAAACACUAGGAGAGGGAAUCAAAAUAAAACAUUGAAAUUAAUGAUAAAAAGAGUAAAUAAAAAAAAAAAUAGAGCCGUAUGAAUUUACGAAAGAAACAAAAGAAAUGA